GGAAGAAAUCUACUUCAAUUAAAAAAUUUAUUACAGUCAUUUAAACCAAAAUGAUUAAAUUGGCACUACAUUUAUUGAUCAGUCUAUAUAUAUUAAGCGAAGUUUCCUGUGAAGAAGAUAAUAAUUCAUUACAACCGUGGGAUUCCUCAGAAUAUAAUCCUCGAAAUCGUGUCAUCGCACCUUAUAAACGUCGACAAAUAUUUCGUUUCGGUAAACGAAACUCACAUCCAACAGUCUACAAAGAAAUGGAUGAAUUACCUAGUCUAUGGGAUAUUUAUCGUAAAUGAUAAACUGACAAUGUCAUGUUUUUUUUAAACAAAAGAAAUCUAUGUAUGAUUAAAAUAAAAUACACUGAAUAAUUGAGAUUUAUUAUAA